UUAUUCUUGUGUGGGAUUUUGGCAACAUGGUCAAGUUCAGAUCAUACCCAAUGAUCUCGGUAACAGGACUACGCCAUCAUGUGUUGCUUUCACAGAUGUUGAACGUCUAAUCGGUGAAGGUGCCAAGAACCAGGUGGCUAUGAACCCUGCAUGCACCAUCUUCGAUGCUAAACGGUUGAUUGGAAGGAGAUUUAGUGAUGAAACAGUGCAGAAUGACAUGAAGUUAUGGCCUUUCAAGGUCAUACAAGGGGCUAGUGACAAUCCCAAGAUUGUAGUUACAUACAAGGGUGAGCAGAAAAUGUUUUCACCAGAAGAAAUUUCAGCUAUGGUACUUGAAAAAAUGAAAGAGGUUGCUGGGGCAUUCCUUGGUAAAAUUGUACAAGAUGCUGUUAUCACCGUGCCUGCUUAUUUUAGUGAUUCACAACGCCAAGCAACAAAGGAUGCCGGAUAUGUUGCUGGACUUAAUAUUUUACAAAUAAUUAAUGAGCCUACUGCGGCUGCAAUCGCGUAUGGAUUAGAUAUGACAAAUAAUAUAACCUGUGAAACUAACGUGCUUAUUUUUGAUUUGGGUGGUGGUACUUUUGAUGUCUCCAUUGUUACCAUUGAUGGGGAUGGGAAGAUAGAAGUGAAGGCUGUAGCCGGGGACACUCAUUUGGGUGGUCAAGACUUUGAUAACGAAAUGGUGAAUUAUUUCAUUAAUGAGUUUAACCGAAAGCAUAAGGGUGCUAACAUCAGAGAUAAUAAUAAAGCAGUAGGGAGGUUGAGGGUAGCAUCUGAAAAAGCAAAACGCGAACUUUCUUCAACUAUCGAAACUACAAUUGAUAUUGAUGGCUUGCACAUGGGUAUUGAUUUUUCUGCAAGAAUUACUCGUGCAAAGUUUGAAAAUCUUAAUGCAGACUUGUUUGAUAAGUGCAUAGAAACAGUGGAGAGCUGUUUGAGGGAUGCAAAGAUGAAUAAAGAAAAUGUAUAUGAAGUUGUUCUAGUUGGUGGCUCGACUAGAAUACCAAAGGUACAAGAACUGCUGAAAGAAUUCUUCAAUGGAAAGGAGCUUUGUAAGAGAAUCCAUGCUGAUGAGGCAGUUGCAUAUGGUGCAUCAAUUCUUGCUGCAAAGAUACGUGGUGAUACGACUGAAAAGGUUAAGGAUUUGGUGUUUUUGGAUGUCACACCUUUGUCACUUGGUGUGGAGAAACAUGAUGGCACUAUGUCUGUUUUGAUUCCAAGAAACACAAGGAUACCAACCAAAAAGUCAUCAAUUUAUUAUACUGUAAAAGACUAUCAAAGAUCUAUAAAUUUUCCAGUAUAUCAGGGUGAAAGAAUUAGGGGCAAAGACAACAACUUGUUGGGGAGUUUUAAAGUUGAAGUCCCAAUUGCACCAAGGUAUGAAUCAAAAGUAAACGUGGUUUUUGAGAUUGAUGCUAAUGGUAUUUUGAGUUGCUCAGGUGAGGAAGUAACUACUGGCCUAAAAAAGAGGAUGAUAGUUACUAACAACAAGGGAAGGCUUUCAAAUGAAGAGAUUGAUAAGAUGCUGAAAGAUGCAGAAAAGUACAGGCUUGAGGAUCUAGAGUAUAAGAAGAAGGUGUGUGCUCGCAAUGCGUUGGAAGAAUAUAUUUAUGCCGUGAAAACCAAACUCAGGACCGUAGACAAAUAUUCGAAGAAAAAGAUCCAUAAGAACGACCGGCAGAAAAUCGAAAAUAAGAUUGAGAAUGCAAGUCAGUUUGUCAACAUCCAUGAGCUUGCAGGUGUAGAUGAGUAUGAGAUGAUGCGAAAUCAAUUGCAAGCACUAUAUGUUUCCAUCAUUUCCAAAACUGUUUAACACUUGUUUUUGCUACACUGUUAGUGCAUGAAUGUCA